AUGUGGAAAGUAGGAGAGACUGUUGCUGUAGGGGUAGGCGGAGGCUCGGCUCUGCUGUCAAACGUCGCUCCGGACGCGUCCAGAGGCGCUAAGAAAAUAUCUGCCGGAGCGAGGUCAACUAGUCCGACCUCCACGUCACUUAGGCGAAGGCCGCAUCACCGCCAGAGACAUUCCCAGUCAAGCUCCUCGUCAGUCGCCGCUUCGUUCCGUACCCCAGCCGGCGAUUGGCAAGGAGCAGCACCCAGCACAACAAAGUGGCGUUGUCGGGCGGCCGUUCCGCACCAAGCCGCUGGUUCCAGAAACCGAGGUUCAGCUGAGGAUGAGUCGGACAUAGACGGGCUUGCAGAAGAGAGCGCUGUCCUGCGAAUCACGAACCACCACGUGGAUAUGGACCUAUCAGCAGACGACACAGCAUCAGGCGACAGCGUGCGAGCAGUCGCAUGGUCCGACGACAGCGGGUUACACGUAGUCGAAGCAGAAGAGACGAGCGAGAUUAAAAGCAACGGUAGAGGGGUUGAACGGGCUGUGAACGGCAAUGCCCUAGGGAGAGGUAUCGAAGGGCAGAAAAUAGUGGCGAAGGAAGAGGAGGGGAUGGGGGGAGGAGAGGAGGAGCUAGCUGUGAUGAACGAACUCCCUAUACCGAUAAUAUCUUCCACAGAAGAACCCAAACGGCCGUACGAGUUCAAGAUCCUCAAGGAGGAGCUGAAGUUCUCACGAUACCUGAAUGUCUUCAACCGGGUGGUCGAGCAUCCCCCCCAGCCUCUCCCCAACGGCCAGACCCUCCCAGCCAGCAUGACCCGACCAGCAUCCGACGAACAGCCGGUCGGCGGCGAUUGUCUGCUAGCGGAGGAAUUCGGGGUGACAGAGGAUCGACCAGCGAACAGUAGCGGGCACUCGGGCGGGUGGAUAGGGUACGGGCUGGAGCUGGGGCAGGUACAGGGUACGCAGGGGGAGCAGCGGGUGGAGAUAUGGCCGCAGCAGGUGGUGGAGUAUGAUGUGGUGGCGGCUACAACCAAGUCGUGCCACUUCGUGUGCGUGCUGCCCUUCCAUUCAAAGACCAAGACGGUUACUCUUUUGAAGGAAUAUGCACAGGGAGCGAACGCACUGGUGUACACGGUGCCGUGUGGCGGCUACACGGACAACCACACGUCCCUUGAAGACUGCGCACGCAGAGAGCUGUCUGAAGAGGCGAAGCUGUGUGGAGGGCAGCUCAUCAAGCUUGUGGGGGACGACCACCCCGGCCUGCUCGAGGUCAAGUGGUGCAAGAACCGCUUCACUCCCUUCCUCGUCAUCGACCCUCAGGCGGCUUGGGGCGCUGCACGGAGUGAGUCGAUAGAGGUGGCCCGUGUGCCAGUGGGAGACCUGCACCCACUCGUCCCCUUGUAUCUCCCCACUCCAAUUCCCCUAUCCAUAGGAGGAUUCGGAUCCUCUUCCAAGGGAUAUAGAGGGGUUCAUAGAGGUGCACCGCGUGCCGGUGGGGGCCCUCCACCCACUCACUCCUUAUCUCUUCCGUGUCGCUUCCCCCAUUCCCCAUUCUCCGCUCCACAGGACGACUCCGACCCCCUCCCAAGGGAUUUAGAGGAGUUCAUAGAGGUGCACAGGGUGCCGGUGGGGGACCUGCAGGGCAUGGCGCUGAGUGGAGACAUGCUGCUGCCCUCCGUGGUCACCUGCACCAUGGCUCUGCAGUACCUCAAAGACAACGGCUGGCUGUAA